ACCUUAUUCUCUUCACUUCUUAUAAAAGGAGCAUAUAUUUCUUCCUCUUAGAACAUACCAACACUUCCUUGGAGUCUUAUUCUAUACACACUCUUCCGAUUUUUUGAUACCCUUUGCUGAUCUUAAGCACUAGUACUAGUUCAAUUAAAUUUCCACUGCUGUUGAAACCUUAGACCAUUCUCUAUAGUGAUUCUCAAAUCACAACUUCCUUGUUAUUUCCUUCAAGAAAAUGGCAUCAAGUUCAAUGUCAUCAUCUGGCUCAUGGAGUUCUAAGGACAAUAAAGCCUUUGAAAGGGCUCUAGCUGUUUAUGACAAGGACACCCCUGACCGGUGGUACAAUGUUGCUCGCGCCGUCGGUGGGAAAACUCCGGAGGAAGUUAAGAGGCACUAUGAGCUCCUCGUCCGGGAUGUUAAGCACAUUGAAUCAGGGCAAGUGCCAUUCCCAAACUACACCAAUGUCUCUUCUAAUAGCUCUGCUACAGUGCUCUAUACAGUUUAUCAUGUAUUUCACUCAUGUGGUUGUGCUAUUGUCUCUUCUAAACAGCUAAUGACUACAAAAGUACUAAGCAAGGACAGAAUGGUGUGGCCAACAUAA